AUGGCUGCAAGAGUGAAGAGUCCUAAGCAACGUCGAUAUUCCGUUGAAUGGAUAUAUGAAUGCCUUUUAAUGAUAAUUAAAAGUAGUUCACUAUAUGAACACGUUCGGAAAAAAAAUAUUCUACCUUUACCAUGUAAAGACACUUUAAUGAGAUACAUUCAAAAACUUGAUAGCGCCUUUGGAUUUCCGAAGGCGAUUUCUGAUACCCUGAAAUUCAAAGGUUCACGUUUUGUAGACCUUGGGGAAUAUACGCCUGACCACUUGAGACACACUAGAGCUGACCAUGCGUUGGUUAUGUUUCAACCCUUUCAGGGAAAGUGGGUGCAAGUUGUGGGUCUAUUUUUAAGCAAAGAUUCAGUGACCAGCAAAAUUUUUCAAAAAUUGCUAUUAGAAUGUACAAUUCAACUUGAAAAAGCUGGUUUUUAUGUUGACGGAAUUGUAUCAGAUGCAGCCCAAUGGAAUCGCGGUCUAUGGAAAUUGCUUGGCAUACGGGAUAGAAAUUAUAAUUCUAAUCUAAAAAUGGCAUAUAAAUUGACUCCUCACCAUCUUAAACCCGAGGGCUACCAAAAGAUGAAUGUUCCAUUAGCUACAGAAGUAUGUGCAUGA